UUUUGUGACAGAAUAAUUUCAAAAGAAGAUGAAGUGUUUCCUGAGCUUGUGUUUACUCCUUGCUGUUCUUUGUGCUGUGACCCAUUGCCACCACCAAGAUGUUUGCCAUGAAGUCAAUAACAGUAAUCUACAUGAUGGAACAGAAAAUUUGUUAAAGUAUAACUGCGACAAGCAAGGCUCUAACUAUGCGGAUUUUGCAUUUAGAUUUUACAAGCAAGCUGUAUCAAAUGAAGCUGAUAAAAAUGUUUUCUUUUCUCCCUUGAGCAUCUCCACUGCAUUUGCCAUGCUGGCUGUUGGUGCUAAGUCAACCACUCUGGCUCAGAUCUUCGAAGGACUGGGCUUUGACAACCUGUCCGAGACUCACAUACAUGAUAUACAUGAAAGUUUUCAUAAGGUUUUAGCAGUCAUUAACUGCACUGAUGUUAACACCACAUUAAAUAUAGGGAAUGCCCUUUUUACAGCUAUUGAGUAUGAACUCCAGGAGACAUUUUUACAAAACACCAGAAAGUUUUAUGAUGCAGAUUUUUUUUCUAGCAAUUUUCAUAAACCAGAAGAAGCUAAGAAGCAAAUCAAUACAUAUGUGGAAGAGAAAACAAAGGGGAAAAUUCCUGAAUUAAUUGGUUAUCUUGAUCCGAGCACUGUGUUGGUUCUUGUUAACCACAUUUAUUUUAAAGCUGCUUGGGAAAAAUCUUUUGAUCCUUCACGUACAUACGAGGGUGAUUUUUUUGUGAGCACAAAUACAUCUGUUAGAGUCAACAUGAUGCAAAGUGAAAGUAACUAUGAAAGUUACUACGACGAGGAUCUCUCUUGUGAAGUGGUAGAGCUGCCUUACCAGGGCACUGCACGAGCAUUGCUGAUUCUGCCUGAUGAUGGAAAGAUGAAGCAAGUGGAAGAUGCUCUCUCCAAGGAAACUGUUUGUAAAUGGGAUAAAAAUCUUGAGACCAGAUCGUUACAUCUGCAGUUACCAAAGACUUCUAUUAGUGGGUCUUAUGAUGUUAAAAGACUGUUCAAGGAAAUGGGCAUUACCGAAGUAUUCUCUAGCCAUGCUGAUCUGUCUGGAAUUAGUGCUAGCCAUAAUCUUCAGAUUUCACAAGCAAUUCACAAGGCCCUGUUGGAAGUCGAUGAGGCUGGAACUACAGCUGCAGGAGCCACAGCCAUGAUCUUGAACAGAGGUUUCCAUCAUACUGUUACCAUCAAAUUCAACAAGCCCUUCAUUAUCUUGAUUUCUGACAAAGAAACCAGCACAAUACUUUUCAUGGGGAAGAUUGUUGAUCCCACUAAGAAGUAAUUGCUGACUUACAGCACAUACUGGUAUUAGAGAUGUGUUUGCACAUGUGGGUCAUUUAAUACUACUAACUACUCUCUGAUUGAGGAAUAUUAAGAAGUAAAUGAGGAAUUUCCCUCUCAAC